GAUCAGCAAGCGCGCAUGGAGGACGCAGGAUGUAAACACUCCGCGCAUAUACAGAACAGCACAGACCCGAACCGCAGGGUCAGUUUUGCAGCCAUAUAGACAUGAGAUUGUUCACCUGGUCAGCGCGGAGGAUUUUAUCCGCACAUAAGCAGCCGUCAGGGGGCAGUCGUGAGUUCUGGGGGUGGCUCAAUGCUGUUUUCAACAAAGUUGAUUAUGAGCGUAUUAAAGCGGUGGGUCCUGAUCGAGCUGCUGCCGAGUGGCUCCUGAGGUGUGGUGCAAAAGUUCGGUUCCGUGGUUUCGACCGCUGGCAGCACGACUACAAUGGACUCCCGACUGGGCCGUUGGGACGGUACCAGAUAGAAGCUAUUGAUGCCACAGAGUCCUGCAUCAUGUAUCGAGGUUUUGAUCAUCUGGAGGGUCUCGAGCACGUAGAGGAAAUCAGGUUCAAUAAGUGUAUUUAUAUAGAAGAUGCCUGUCUGGAGCAUUUGAGUCAAAUAAAGACGCUGCAGGACAGUUUGAAAAACAUGACAGUAGUUUCCUGUGGCAACGUGACAGAUAAAGGAAUCAUUGCUCUGCAUCACCUCAGGAACAUGGAGUGGCUGCUUCUCAGUGAUCUGCCUGGUGUAAAAGAUAAAGAUCAGACUGUGGACAGACUCCAGACUGCACUUCCCAGACUCACUGUAGAACUGGAUCUCGCUUAGCCAAUCACAGUGCUUCUCAGAGCACAUUUGGAAAACCACAACUCUCACGGCCUCAUGACCAGGCCAGACAACCCCUCUGGCUGAUGUCCAUGACUUGCUGUGGCAACCGUAUCCAAGCAACUUAGCAUCCCAGGGACAGAUGCAGAGAGCUGCUCUGCUCAGUCAACAACACCGAAUUAGCUUUGAUCAAACAACAUGGAGUUUUGUUAUAUUGCCAUUAUCAAUACAUUUUAAAAACCGUUUUGUUGUUGUUUCUUCAUA